AUGGAAUUAACAGAAGCUGGUAUGUUCCCUUUGUUUUCAUCCCCUGCUUUAGAAAUAGGAAAAGAUCUUCUACUUUUGAAGAGCAUACCAGUGAGAAAGAUGGAAGCCACAGUUCGGAAGAGAAGUAGUAAUUUAGCUCGCAAGCUCGAAGAUAGUAAUAGAACUGUAUCAUGUUCAAUUUAUACAAACUCAGAAAGUAAAGGUGAUGAAAAUUUAGAAGAAGUACCUACUCGAUUUCCAAUUAGACAUAUAGAUGACGACAAACUUAAACUUGAUGAAUAUAUGGUGAAUACACUCAAUAACCUUCUUGAAGACUAUAAAGAAUAUGAAUUUGAGCUAGUCAAAAAGCUCAAG